UCAGCGGUAGUCAAAACAUAUCAAUCAUACGCCGAGUGUGUCCAAUUAGCGACUGUGGCAGGUGUUUGCUCUGUUCUUCGGCCAGGCUCUCCAAAUCAAAUUACACGCCAUGUGAUCCAUGAAGAGUGCUGCUGCUGUUGCUGCUACUGUUGCAAUCAGAAGGGAACAAAACUCCAGUCAUGCGAGAAUCAUUAUAGAGCAGGCCGUGGCUUUUAACUUCAAAGUACCAGCAUAUAAAUUCGUUCGAUUGACAACUAGUUUUUAUACCGAUCCGAUUUGCGACAUUCCCAACUGCACAUCUUUUUUAGCAUCGCAGCUAAUUGGACAAACCGAUCUAUAUACAAAUAUCUUAGUAUAUAUACACUCGUAUAUAGAUAUUCGAGAAUCUUCUGCAGAACGAGUUCCGGUUCGAGUUGGCUAGUUGCCAGUUGCUAGUUGCAGAAACAGAAACAGAAAGCCAACAUGACGAACUACAUGAAGAUUGUCGAGGAGCGCAUCUCUGGCCUCUCAAAAGGAGUGGAUGAGACGGUGGACAGCUGGUUCCUGAUGAGCUCCCCAGCGCCCGUGGUGGCCGUCGUCCUGGUCUACUUGGCAUUCGUGCUGAAGAUCGGACCCGAGUACAUGAAGAACCGCAAGCCCAUGGACCUCAAGCGCAUCAUGGUGUUCUAUAAUGCCUUCCAGGUCUUGUACUCCAUUUGGAUGUGCCGCACGUCCAUCCAAGAGAGCAAUGUGAUGGCCUCGAUCUUCUCGAAGAAGUGCGAGAUCAACCGCACCAGGGAGCAGAAUCUGACCCUCUACUCGGGCGCCUGGUUCUACUUCUUCUCGAAGAUCAUCGAUCUGCUGGACACGACGUUCUUUGUGCUGCGCAAGAAGGACAACCAGGUGUCGUUCCUCCACGUGUACCAUCACACCAUCACGGUGCUCUUCUCCUGGGGCUACCUGAAGUACGCACCUGGUGAGCAGGGCGUGAUCAUUGGCAUCCUGAACUCGGGCGUGCACAUCAUCAUGUACUUCUACUACAUGGUGGCCGCCAUGGGACCCCAGUACCAGAAGUACCUCUGGUGGAAGAAGUACAUGACCAGCAUCCAGCUGAUCCAGUUCGUCCUCAUCCUGGGCUACAUGCUGACCGUGGGCGCCAAGGGCUGCAACAUGCCCAAGACACUGACCUUCUUCUUCGUGGGCAACACGAUCAUCUUCCUCUACCUGUUUGGCAACUUCUAUCGCAAGACCUACAAGAAGGCCAAGUCCGUGGACGGAGGCAGUCGCACCACCGGCAGCAGUUUGGCCCAAUCCGCACUGCGUGCAGCCGGAGGAAUGGGCUGCAUGCCGCAGACCAUGAAUGCCGGAAAGCAUCUGCUCCAGAAUGGCCAGGCCGGAAAGUCAUACCUCGAUCUGAACAACAACAGCGUGAAGCCGAUGAAGCUGGAAUGAUUGGCGAUGCCGCCUGGCGUCGAUGGGUUUCAGUUAGCAAUUACGUUUUUUAGAGCGGGGCUUAGUUUGUAAUUUGUAUCUUUAUCUUUACCUUUACCAUUACCAUUACCAUUACCAUUACCUUUUACCUUUACCAACUAUCAGUAGUCUGUAGUCUGCGGAGAAUAACUUGUAUAAUGUUUAUAUGCCGGGCAGGCGGAUAGAUGACGAUGACGAUGAUGAUGAUGAUGAUUCAAACCCAAAAAGUAGUAGGAAGUAGGACCCUAAGUGCGUGAAUGUGGCCAUGUUUGUGUGACUGAGAGUACGUGUUAAUGUUUUUCUAGCUGAGCGUGUGUGUGUGAGCAAGUGUGAUAGAGCUUAUUAAUGAAAUGCAGCCGUAAAUCGUUUCGCAAAACAAGAAAAAUUCAAUAAAACUUUGAUUUUUGUAUAUUAAAUAAAACCAAAAA